UCGCAUAUAAAAGACAUCGACAUUCAAAAUUCAUCACUUCUACACAAGCGUCCGUUCUAUAAAGAUACUUAAGCACAGUUUCAAACGAGAAUAAAAAAAAAACUACAUAAAAAAAAUGGGCGCAAUCGAUCUGAAAUCUGUGACUCCGCUUUUGCAAUAUACCGAUGACGAUGUUUCAAAAGUAUUGGCUGCCUAUAAUAGAAAAGCGAAUUCUUUGGAUGAAGAUGUUAACACUAUAAAGGAAUGGUUCAAAACGCAAACCCAUAUUCCAGUUCAACCAAGUGACCGUCAAAUUGUAUCUUUUCUGAUCAUGAACAAAUUCUCCAUCGAAAGGACCAAAGAGAAAUUGGAACUAAACUACAGUAUAAAAAACAUGAUUCCAGAAUACUACAACUCCAAAGUUAACCUCAAUACAAAAGCUUGCACUUUGGUCACUCUACCACAACUGACAGAAAACAAAAACAGAGUUUAUGUAUUCACUUUUCUGGACGACAAACAUUUCAAUCUUGCCAGCGUCAUCACCGAUCUGAUCAACACCUUCGAAUUGAGAACAUUGGCUGAUGUCUGCGAAAGCGAAGAAUACAUCAUUGAUUACUCCAAUAUCACCGUUUCAACCGUAGCCAAAAUGAAUCCAAUGGAUUUGAAGAAAUUGUCCACAGUUCUUGAAAAAGUUUAUUCGAAUCGUGUAGCCGGACUUCAUGCAGUCAUGUUACCAUCGUUUGCUGAAGCAAUUUUCAACGUUUUAAAAGCAUGCUUGAAACCGAAAAUUCGCGAAAGGAUUGUUUUCCACAAAAAUUAUGAAAGUUUGUUGAAAUAUUUCCCCGCUGAGAUUUUACCGAAGGAAUUUGGAGGAACCGGAAAAUCUAUAAGCGAUUUGAAAGGCGAAUGGGAAAAUUAUUUGGAGCAGAAUAAAGAGCACAUCGCUAAUAUGCACAGCGUCCGAGUGAAUGAGAAGCUAAGGCCUACUUCUCUUCAAAACCACGAUAUCUUGGGUUUCCAUGGAAACUUCAGAAAGUUGGAAGUUGAUUGAAUCGUUGUCAUUCAAUAAUUAUUUAUUUUUUUUUAC